GAACAGUUGCAGUGUAACAUGAGCUUAUCUGAUCGAUCGUCAGAGGCAGCACGGGACGGUUCUAUCACGUGAUGCGCGGCCGCCGCAUCGAAGCUGCGAGGGUCCGGAGAAGCAAGCCGAAGUCAACAUCUCAGGCCAGCUGCUUUUUCCUCCACCAUCAACCUUCCCUUUCUCCUAGCGCUUCUCCACGCGGUAUUACGUCGAUCGUCAAACACCCCACGAACACCCGGGUUUAUACAGCACUACCCUCCUGUUUGAGGAUCGAACGCAGCGACAAAGUAUUUGCUGCAGGUCACACUACUAUCCUAACUUGGUGCUCAAUUGGAUUCAGCCUUAUACGAAACCAGUACUCUUCAGAUAUUCUCCACGGUCCAAGCUAUAAUAGACGAAGUUUAUCGUUUCUAGUCUUCUCCGCAUACCGACCUCAAGUGCUGUCCUCAUACAAAAUCUAAUUCUUAAUCCCCUCCUUCUCAUCAUGUCUCUGCACUCGUAUAUCAACAGUAAGUCUGAGUCCCAAAGGAUUGUAUUGACGCAUAAUGGCUUUUGUCUCUUUUUUCCUACCCAUACAGAUGAGGCUGACAAUCGCUUUUUGUACAGAGAAAGUAUGCAUUC